UGCUCCGUUUUCGCAUUUCUCUACAAAAAAUCAAGAUUAAUGGGAAAGAUUGACGGUCGUCUUACUUUCAGAUUGGUUAUUUAUAGCUCAAACGUCGUUAACCUAGGAACAACAAGGACGCCUCGAGGGGUGCAUAAAUCAAUCCUAGUCACAAGUCGAUUACGUCCAAAAAUAAUUUGCGUCACACAUUCCACUAGCUUGUUCAUGUAGAAAAUGGAUGACCUCAUAAGCUAUGCAUGUCAUCUCCUACGCGCCUUACACACUAGACCCAGCGAGCGACUUUUCCCACACUCGUGCCCACACUCAAGCCGCUGGUCAAACCGUCACGGUAGCUCGCCUUCGAUAGCGUUUAUUUAUAGGCAACGGGAGGCUGGGGUAAUACCAUCUCAAUCCGGACCUCGCGACAGGUGAAAAGCGUGCGAAACUCGACGUCUAGAAAACAACAAUGUUCCUUAGAGAAUUCCUAACCGGGAAUUUCUGGGCUAGUGUCUGGGCAGAAUUGAUGGCGACGGCGUUAUUCGUUUUUCUUACCACGGGAUCAGCCAUCACAUGGGACCCUCUUCUUCCGCCGUCUAUUGAACACAUAUCGCUAUCGUUUGGCCUAAGUAUUGCGACUCUGGCUAUGUGCACAGCGCAUAUAAGCGGAGGACACAUCAAUCCUGCUGUCACAAUUUCAUUCAUGAUCGUCAGAAAAGUGUCUUUUCUACGGGGAGCGUUCUACGUGAUCGGUCAAGUCGGCGGAGGUAUUGCGGGCUCCGCCAUGCUGUACGGGCUGACGCCUGUGGAUAAGCGCGGGACCCUGGGGGCGACUGUUCCAAACGCCGGAGUCAGUACCGGCCAAGCCUUCGGCAUCGAGUUCCUCCUGACUUUCUUAUUGGUCCUCACAAUCUUUGCCACAACGGAUGCCAAGCGCAAUCACUAUGGUUACGAAGUACCGCUGGCCAUUGGACUGUGUGUCACAGUCUGUCACUUGGUUGGGAUUAGAUUCACCGGCUGCGGUAUCAACCCUGCGCGAUCAUUUGGGCCAGCGGUUAUCAUGAAUAUCUGGACAGACCACUGGGUCUACUGGGCCGGACCUGUUGCUGGCGCGAUUCUUGCUUCCCUGCUCUACCACUUUGUAUUCCGCGCACGCAAAGAAUUGGGGCCGAACGCUGACAAAGCCGUGGGCCCAGAAGAUGUGGAACUCCAUUAAACGCGAGUACCAUAGGAAAACUAGAUUAUCAAUUUUACAUUAAAAAAAAGUACACAACCAACAGUAUAUACGAAGCAGAAAAUAUUUAGUGAAGCUACUAAAUAACCCUUGCAUUGGUUUAGUAUGUUAACAAAGACCAUCUAUAGAGGGUAACAGCCUAAGUCUUUAGCUACUAAAUCAAAGCGUACUGUACGAUUGAUUACAAUCUUUAUAACUCGCACAUAUAUAGUACGAGUGAGUCUAACAAGAAACAGUCUAUGUUAUAUGACGUCUAAAUCUUAUUGAAAGAAAACGUCUUGAGACAAGACUGUUCGAUGAACGGUCUGUUCUGUAUCAUUUGUAAAGUAUUAUUUAAGUCUGGGUGAGUCAUUGGGCUGGUGAGUAUGGGGUGGUUCACGCGUUAAGCUAAUAGAAGGACAAUUAUACAUUAUAGGCUUAUUCAAAAUCAUAACUUUCUUGUGACGUGGAAUGAUUAUUUGACCAUUUUGAACGCGUGUAUCACGGAGAUCCUCCGACUGCUAGUUCCGAAGUGUAGGGUUGAGUUGAUUACGAACAAUUUUCAAGACAUUACCGGCCCCAGAUACUUUUGAUCACGUGGUCGAGCGGUGUCAAUCGGGUACUAGGUCCCUUUGCUCACGUGGCAAAGUGACGUCAUAUAGCUUUCUUCAUAGCGCAUAUAUUUGCUGAUAUGCGGAACUGACGUCAAAUAAGGGGUCGUCCACACUUGCACGGAUUAAAAAGUAUCCGGAUUCGUUUCGCCAAAACCGCAUCACUUGAUUCGCGUCCACACUAUCGUUUUUGCAGCGUUUUCGCCUGGAUCAAUCCGUCCACACUAACACUGAUACAAACGUCAGAAAGGCUGAAAGGUACGGGGUGACAUAUUUUAAUGACAUGCACAUGCUUAUAGCAGCAAACGCGCCUGCGACGAGCAGACGAGCCUGUCUGAUCUGAUUUGAACGUCCACCCUACCGACCAAAGUAUGCGGAUUCAUUUUGAUUCACUUUCGUCAGCGUUUUCAAAAGUAUCCGGAUUCACCGAAUCCGACCCCGUGUUAGUGUGGACAGAAGACCUAAAUGUAUAAAAAAAAUAUACGGAUUCAAACGAAUCUGUGUUAGUGUGGGCGGCCCCUGAAUCGUUAUUUUGUUCCCGUGAAGAAUAGGCGUCUUACACUAAGAAAUCAUGUGACUUUUUGGGUGGGAAACCCGCGCGCGCUCCGGCUUUUGGCGGCAAAAUACAAAAAUUUCUAUCAUUUUUUAGCGCUUACGGAUCAGAAAUUUCUAUGUCAAAAAGGGAUUAUUUGCUUUGAAAAAAUAAUUUUCUCACCGCGUCUUGUCUGGCGUGUCGGCCUGUGUCUAUUCUGCGUCUCAGGGUUUGCCACUCAAAAAGCCACGCGAUUUCUUAGCGCAAAUUGCCAAAGUCGCGACGACCGCAACGCGGGCGGCCAAGGUAGAAAACAACAACAACAAAAAUAGAAAUUCACGCAUUCUUUCUACAUGCAAGCAUUUUAAUCCACGUUCUCCUUGUCGUCGCUGCAUUUUUAACCACUUGACCAUGUGAUUUGUAUGAUGAGGUGUGAUUAUGUAGAAUGAAAGGUGUGUUAUUCACUCGAUGUGAUAUAUCAUUAUCAACAUGCAUUGAAACAAUGCCACGGUAUGGGCUAGAUGGGAGAAGCUAAUCAGCGUCAUCUGCCCUUUUUGGUGAUUUUAAAUUAUUUUGCCGAAAAUAUAAGAAAAUUGUACUUAUCUUGUAACGGGUAGAUAUAUGAUUGAAGUAAUCUAAAAUUAGGUGUUAAGAUUAUAUAAGUAUAAAAUCUGCUAUAGUUUUUAGAAUGCUUUAGUAGUGUUGAUUAAUUGUGGAUGUCAUUAGGACUAUAGACUUAAAUUAUAUUGAUUACUUCUUAAAAUUUAACUUUUAAUAAUACUUUCAUGAAACAACCUAACAUCAAAUGUUUGGUUGGUCUCCAUGGAAACUGUACUGUCAGUUGUAUACUUAGAUUUUACGCAUGCGCAGAUGGCACACUCAUCUGUACAAAAUGUGCACUGUAAAUAGCGCACCGUACUGAAGACUCUGUUAGCGCGAUGCAGAUAAUAUAUUACGAGAUUCUGUUGUUCAUGUGUGUAUGCCAAGAUAGUUGAUUGUAAGAAUAAAGCUAAUUAUUGAGAUGUCCCA